GUGCCGCCCCGUGCCGCGCCGUGCCGCGCGCUCUUCCUGCUCCGGUGCUACGCGGUGCUGCCCUGGUCUGCGCUGCGCUCUGCUCCGGGACGUUUGCUCGAAACUGGGAAAGUCGCCCGAUCCUUAAGGUCCCGGGAGCUUCACCUGAGCCGAAGCCGCGGUGCUCCAGCUCAGUGCGGCGGUGCUGAGAGGAGCAGAUGAGACACAGCCGUGUGUGUUUGGGUUUAGUGGAUGUUUUAAAGGCGUUUUCUCUGUAGGUUUCAGUGGAGCUAGCCUGAAUUAGCUGCUUCCGGUAAAAGACCUCCUCCACACAGAAAACAGCUGAAUGAAGACCUGGAGAUAACACUGUGGGGGAUAAUGGACUAUUACUGCUUUUACCCAUAGGCUGUACAAAUUGUACAUAUUUUGAGGAGUUUUACACACACUUUUUAGCUUUUUGGACUGGAAAAAAACAAUGUCUACAACAGAGAGCAAAGCCGCAGGCAGCAGUGGCAGCACGGGUCUGUCGUGGGCACGUGUGUGUAAAGAGUGUGGCCAGCAGCACGACUGUCAGGACAGCCACCUGUACGAGUACCAGGAGGAUGUGGACGACGAGCUUGUGUGUCACAUUUGCCUCCAGCCACUGCUGCGCCCCAUGGACACCCCCUGUGGGCACACAUACUGCUUCCACUGCCUGAGUAACUUUCUGAAGGAGCAGGACUUCUGCCCCGUGGACCGACAACGACUGCAGCUGCAGCAGUGCCGCCCGUCCAGUCUGCUGGUGAGGAACCUGCUGGACAAGCUCAGUGUGGCCUGCCCUCACUCCACUGAGUGUCAGGCACAGAUGCAGCGCUGUGAGCUGCAGCCCCACCUCCACAACAGAUGUCCUGUUUUUCGAAGAUUGCGAGAGGAAGCUGAAAAAAGGAAGCGACCUUCAUGGAAUGAGUUAAAGGGGCGAAGGGGGGACGGAGACAUUUCUGCUGAUGCUAAACAGACCGCUUUACCACGGACGUCCAGUAGAGAGCCAGACCCUGGACUUAUCAAUCCUGCUUAUGAGGAAUGUGAGGAAGACAAUACUCCUCUGCGGUCGAGUUUGGUGGCAGAGGCCAAUGUGGUGGAGCUCCUCAGAGAAGAGCCUGAUGAGGAACUGGGGUUUCGUAUCGUGGGCGGUAAAGACACUCCACUGGGAAACAUUGUGAUCCAGGAAAUUGUUCGAGACUCUCUAGCAGCUCGUGAUGGCAGACUGGCCCCAGGGGAUCAUAUUUUGGAGGUAAAUGACAUCAGUUUGGCGUCAGUCCCUCAUUCCCGGGCCAUUGUUCUGCUACGACAGCCCUCCCUGCUCAGACUCACUGUGAUGCAAGAAAAGGGUUUUAAAAUAAGGGAUCCCAGGUCUGACCUCCAUACCAACAACUCCUCCAUGUCCUCUGUCCCCCAUUCCCAGCCCGUUCACCCCAGCCCGGGCACAGUGCUGCAGGUCACGCUCAUGAAAAGCCACCGGUCUGAACCCCUCGGGAUCAAACUCAUACGAAAGUCAGACGAGAGCGGAGUCUUUAUCCUGGAUUUGCUCUCGGGAGGUUUAGCUGCUAAAGAUGGAAAACUGAGGAACAAUGACAAAGUGUUGGCCAUCAAUGGACAGGACCUAAGGCAUGGCACUCCAGAAAGUGCAGCCCAGAUCAUACAGGCCAGCGAGGUGCGUGUGAACUUUGUGGUUAUGAGGGCAGCAGAGAAUCCGGAUGAGGGAGGGAGCAGAGAGGGCCAGUCUGCCAGAGCUGCCAGAAGAACCCCUGAUCCUCAGUACUUCAGACGCCGGUCCACAUAUAUGAAGGACCCUCCAGGUGGCUUUUCUAGUCAAGAGAAAACUGUUAGCAUGAAGAAGGAGCCUCGACUUUCUCUGGGAAUUACUAUUGCUGGAGGCAGAGACUGCCGCAGCCGCCUGCCUGUCUACAUCACCAGUGUACAGCCGGUUGGCUGUCUACAUCGAGAAGGCACUAUCAAAAGAGGUGAUGUUUUGCUCAGUAUCAAUGGAGCGGACCUGACACAGUUGACAUACAGUGAAGCGGUGUCUGUGCUGAAGGCUCAGACGGCACAGUCUCAGGUGGUUCUGCGGGUCAUUCAGACUCUGUCUGAGGACUUUGAAGAGGAGCUGGACACCAGUAAAGAUGAGUUGGACCUAUCUGAUGACCCCCGAGAGGACGCUCUCAACUGGACCCCGCUAUGGACUCGCUGGUUAGGCUUGCCAAGUCAUAUGCACUGGUGCCGAGACAUUGUACUGCACAAGACCAACAACGAGAGCUGGGGCUUCAGUAUAGUUGGAGGCUAUGAAGAAAGUCACGGCCAGCAGCCAUUCUACAUUAAAACCAUUGUGCCUGGAACACCUGCUCACUUUGAUGGUCGCCUGAAAUGCGGUGAUGAGAUCGUGGCUGUAAAUGGAGCUACUACAGUGGGAAUGAACAACAGCUCUCUCAUCCCAAUGCUGAAGCUACAAAAGAAUAAAGUGACUCUGACUGUCGUGUCAUGGCCUGGGAGUCUAGUUUAGCACCUGCUCCCUCUGGACAUGCUUUCAGAAAUGUACAGUGUCCAAGGACCUCUCAAAUGAUCCUUUAUCCUCCAAGAUCAAGCUGGGAAGCAACAUUUGCACAGUUUAAAUGACGUUCUUGGAUGCCAUAAUCAGAUAAAGUAGCUCUAGUAGUUAAGUGACAAUCAACAGAUUAUAUUUUUAAAGCAAAUGAUUGUUUGAAUGCAUUUAGCUGUCUUUUAGUGAAUACAUUCAUGUGUUUGCUUCUAGAUUGGGAUGUGUAGUUUUAAUUAUAUAUACCUUUUAAUUAUAUAUAUAAUGAUGUACACCUUAUUGUAACUGGUUGCAUCAGCUUGCCAAAGUUUGAAGAAACAUCUUUUUAACUUGUUAAUUCAUUGUGACAUUAAAAGCCUCAGUGUGUGUAUGCAGCAUGUAUUAUUUGCAGUUAUAUGUAUGUUCUAGCUUUAAGCACUUAUUUCAUUUGAAUUUUUCCAAGUGAGUGCCUUGUAACACUGAAGGACAAUAAGCUCUGAAAUGCCUUAAAUGACCAAAGUUGCUUGGGAAAUACUGUUCUAUAAGUGAAGCUUUAUGGCUUUGUCUCUUAAAAUUUUAGAUCAACACAAAAAGUGGCCUUGAUCAACAAAGUUAUUUUUCAAUUUGUCCAUUUGGUCUAGCUAAUAAAGUAACUGAUACAUAUUGACAAAAUGUUGUUCCCUUACCAAAUACAUUUGAUCCUAAAAUCAAACCAUAACUGCAUUUAUGUAAACUGUUCAAUUUGAAAUUUGGUUGCUUUUAGGUUUAAGGAUGUACUUGUGGAGUUGUGUAUAUAAUGUGUAUACAUGAAUAAAACAGAUUUGAA